AUGUGGCCUUUGAAGCCAAGAGGCUCCGAUUCGAAGUACCGAGAAAUAAACAAUAAUGACGGAGAAGAUACAGCACUUCCAGUGCCUGAAGAUCAUAGGCAUUGGAAUCUUCUCCUAUACAUUGUCAUCUCAAUCCUUGCAACUGGGUGGACUACGACCGCAGUUCUAUAUUGGAAGUCAUAUACUGCCCCGAAAAUCAGUGGCAAGUUUCCGCUCGGCACAUUUACCCCUAUUCCAGAAGACGUGUUUAAGCCAGUUAGAAGGGUAUUUCAACCGGAUGAGAGGUACAUUGGGAAUUCGAAAGAGGUAGAUCACCAUUGGGAUGACUUGGUAGCUGGCCAUGAUGCUGUCUGGAUUGAGGACCCCGACAAAUGGGGUUUGCCCGAGGGCAUCGUCGCGCCAUUCGAUCAUCCCCACGAGACCGAUCCUCCACAACAUGAUUUCUAUGUGAUCUCGAUCCUUCACCAGCUUCACUGUCUAAAUAUGGUUCGCUUUCAGUUUUGGCAAGCUCGGGACGGUGUCGACCUCGAUACCGAACAUGAUGCAGUCAAAUGGAAUUUACAUGUCCUGCACUGCUUCGAAUACCUCAGGCAAGCAAUUUCGUGUGGGGGAGAUCUCAUAAUAGAAGGGUCAAGCCCGAUCAAAGUUGGAAAAGGACAUGCUACUUCCGUUACUGGAUGGGGAGUCGAGCACGACUGUAUUGACUUCGAACUUUUGCGUCAGUUCCAGAUUGAACAGGAAAGAAAAUUCAAUCUGACCUGGCAGCAUGAUUUCCUUGGAUGA